UCCACUGACGUUGGGAUUUGAAAGUUUCAACUCCCAAAGCUGUGAGGUGACUCAUCUUUCAACGUUCAGGGCUUGUUUCGGCCCGCAUACACUAGCAUUCCAUUCCAUGGGUAACACGGCCUGGCCAAACAUGUGUAUGUGUGGACUAAGGAUGUGAUUGCUGCCAGGCACAGCAAUCACGGAGCAAGCUAGAGUCACUUGGUCGCAUUCUGGUUUAUGCAGUCACUAGCUCUUCAAUUGCGCCGGAAGGGAGUUCACUGAAGCUAAAGACAAGUUUGAUCCUUCUUAUUGAAACAUUACCGAAGGAAAUGCUACCGGUUUCAGUCUUGGAGGGAUGCAGCAUCACGGAAAGUGCCCAGACAUGCAGUCAUUGAAGAGUAGAACUGAAGAUUUUGGAGACAAUACCGCUUCCACGACAGUCGGAACUUCUCUGCUCAACCACGCUUGCCUCUUACAAGUUACAAUUGAUCUCACCGACAGUGCUGAGAAAAACACCUUCCACAGCAAACACGAAAGCUUGUUCAGAAAAAUGAGGGCAAGGCAGCUUUUUGUUGGGAACCAGAUCUCUGCAACUUCUGUCAAGCUUAACGAGAAUUUGACCGUACGACUCCUUUACAGGUACAGCAAAACUUUGGCAAGGAAAAGUAUAAGGUAUCGAGGUUGGCAUCACAUUCAUGGACAGUGCUGUUUGUAGGUAGACUCUGAUCGAUGAGAGGAAAGCAAGCUCGUUCUCGUGCUGUUAAGGCCAAGACUUCUAGUAUUGGAUAAGAGAUGGAAACGUACAAACUGGAACCAAAGGGUGUGAUAGGUUGUCCACAACAAUGAUUAAAACUUCCUGAACCACAAUCUCCACACAUUGCUCUACGUGUAGCUUCAACCCCCUGGGUAUGGAAGUGCUUUAUUUUUGCAAGGCUUUGAGUGUUUGGCACUGGGCGAAGGACACUUUUAGAAACUGGAUUAGGUGUUGACUCAUUCAAAAGACUGGUCCUCAAAUCGCUUUUCCAUUCAAGAGACCCUCAAAGCCUCCCUGUCACACCAGCUGUUGCUCAAAGCUUUGAAGACGAGAACAUCAAUAUCGUACUGCACUCAUGGCAAUGCCUCGGUAUCUCAACCUUCCACGAUUAUCCAAGCUCGUAAGAAUCCGCUUAUACCAUCCUCGUGAGACUUUUAUUACCUUCUCUCUUUCCAUUCUUUGAACUGCGUAACGUCUAGGGUUGGAAAAAUGAAGCAGGGAGUCCCUUCCCUCUCCUCGGGGUCAGCUUGGUGAGCCAGCUGGUGAGCGCUGUGGAUUCGAAAACUCCGUUAGUUCUAAGGCAGGUUAGAGGUUUGCAGAAGGCCAAAGCAAUUAACGUGCACAGUGAUGAGUCAAAAUCUCAGCAUGCAAUCUUGUGGAUAACAUGCAGAGAAAGUUGACACCAGAAGGAACUUUCCAAGAAAGGCUUUCUCGAGCACUCUUUCUUGAUCGUACGCGACGAAGCGUUUUGCAACUCUCAGCAGCAGUAAUAUAUAUGCUGGGCAUGCAUGCUGCGAUGAGGAAGAGAACUUGGAUUCUGGCACGGAACUAACUCUAAUAAUGAGAACAUAAACGUCCACGUCUUGUGCUAUCAAGAGGGCGCUUGCCCCUGGAUCUGGAUCUGGUUGAGGAUUCAUGACAGCCUCUAGCUCUGUACGGUACUUUCUGCAAAAGUUAAAGCCUUUCCGGGAUAUGACAAGUGCAGUUCUUGGAGUUCAUCUUAUCUAUCUUACGAGGCACCAGAGGACGUCUAGGUCUACCGAGUGCGCUUCUAAGUGAAUUCAUCGACAAGACAUCUUCUAGAUCUGCGAGAAAACCCCGUGCUUGGGGAUCAUUCCUGUUGCAACUUCUCAUUGUCCUCCACUUGGGCCCCGAUUCACUAGUCAUUACACGAAACUGUCAAACGUAUGGAGUAGAUUUCUAUGGUAGGUCAUGGCAACCUGACGCUUCAACCAUCCCACUGAGCGCCGAUGUUCCGUCUGAUGAGUGAUUUGAUUGGGUAUCUUUCUAAGAUCGCCGACAGGCUCUGAAUCUCUGAUCCAAUUCCGGAUGUGCGGAGGCACAGCUGUGUGGAGUGAGUGUCCACAACAAUCAUGUUGGCAUAGGGUGCCAGGGACAUGUUGAGCACUUCAAGGCCUGAACAUCUCCAGAGUCCAAGGACCAUGUCAACGUUUCGUUCUGCUUCUGGGUCUGGCUCUACUAGUGGUGAGCUAGAAUGGCCAUACCGCGUAGCGAGUAGGAGCUUUGAUGGAUCACACAGACCUCGAAAUAUGAGCCCUUCUCAAACCCCGCCAACGCCAAUUCCCUCAGCCUACGACAACCUGUCAGGGGAUGGUUGGUUGAGAACCAUGUAAGUUCCUCCAAGCUUGACCACGUUUUGUGUCGUCUUGUUCUAUUUUCUAGAUGCAUAGACUCUGCAAUGUUGAAAAGGAUUCUUUAAAUUGUUUCACUUCUUAUCACCCACCGUGAUGAUCUGCAUAUGGCAGAAUAGAAGAGUCCCAGCUGGAGACAUUGUGAUUUAUCACCAUGGCUAAACUCUUAUUCUCAUACUCUAUGCUUUUGGAUUUUGUAUCUCAGCAUAUGAUUGUUGCUAAGAAUAAUUGAGUCAUUAAAUUUAUGCGAGGAA